AUGAAGUCGAGCUUUGUUGCCGUUGCUCUCUCCCUCUUUGCCGGCGCUGCCCUUGCGUCUCCGGCUGAUGCCUCGACGGCCAUGCUGGACGACCGCCAGAUGAAGGCGAUCCAUAUUCUUCACAGCAACAAGGCGGCCCUCGGCCUCACCAGGGAGGAGACGGAGAAGUUUGACAAGUUCAUGACGAGCAUGCGCAAGCGCACUCCCCAGGGGCUCUUGGGGGCUCUGGGGGCUCUGGGGAAUCUGGGAGACCUGGGCAGCAAGAAGGAGCCCAAGAACCCCGAGAGCAGCGCCGCCCCCGCGGUGCCCAGUCCGACUCCGGCCGAAGCGGACUCGGAGGAGAACCCCGUGCCAACCCCGACCGCGGCCGCAGCCCCGAGUGAGACUCCCGCACCCCCCAAGAAAGGCGGCAUCUUGGGUGGCACUGUUCUUGCCGGCCUUGUGUAA